AUGGAGACGGAGGACUUGGGUGCCUGCAAGAAGCGGAAAGGUUCAACUCCAGGCUCGGAGAUUUGGUGCCGAUGCAAUCAUCAGGGUGGACCAAUCGUGAGCCAGGAGGCGUGUGAGGACCCCAAUGGAGAUCGAAAGACGAAAUGCCAAUGGGACGAGGAGCAAUUGAAGUGCUUGCCGACGGCCCCGGCGACCAGCACACCGGAGGACAUCUUCUCCCAGAUCCACGAAGUCAGCGAAAAUCUAAAGAACGAUGACACAAAUAUGUCGCUGCGUGACCUUGUUACAAACACGACAACGCCGGGGCCUCAUUGGCUCCAUCCCUGGCAUGCUGUGAACUAUGUCGGGAGCUGGGUCUCCCCCUCCUCUUAUGCGACGACAACCACCACAUCAGAAGUACCGGAGGUGAUGCAGCGAGAGUUGAACUUUGAACCCAAAAUGAAAAGCCUUCCGCAAUCGUCAGAGGAGUCAGAGGAUCAUACGACUAGCAGCGAGGCGUCUCAUGUGCACACAGAGCCUACAACGCAAUCUGC